AUGGCCCAGUGUCGGCCGCUGGACUUGACUGGUGUUCUGGUCAUGCACAAGGCGGGGGCGCUGAUUCUGUUGCGGACUGUUAGUGUUGUUCCCUCACCUCGACCUCUGGUCUUUACUUCCGUCACGGAUCAAUCGCGACAGGUCUUUGUGGGCAACCUGCCCGAUGACAUCGAGAAGAUGGACCUGGAGAAUGAGUUCCGCCAGUUUGGACGCUUGCUCGAUGUUUGGGUGGCUCGCAAGCCUCCGGGUUUUGCCUUUGUUAAAUUUGAGGAUCAGCGCGAUGCCGAGGACGCGGUGCAAGGGCUGAAUCGCCGAACAGCCUUUGGCCGUGAAAUUAGGGUGGAGAUCUCACAUGGUGGUCGUGGCGGUCGCGGUGGUGGUAUGUUUGCCGCAACUCUCUCUUCGAUCUGA